UUUUUGAUACUUUUUUUCAUUAAUGACUACUGAACUUUGUCCUGUUUACGCACCUUUUUUUGGUGUUCUUGGAUGCGCUUCUGCUAUUAUUUUUACUAGUUUUGGUGCGGCUUAUGGUACAGCAAAAUCAGGUGUUGGUAUUUCUUCUAUGGGCGUGCUUCACCCUGAAUUAAUUGUAAAAAAUACUAUUCCUGUUGUUAUGGCCGGUAUUAUAGCUAUUUAUGGUCUUGUCGUUAGUGUUUUAAUCUCAGGGGGGCUUAAGCAGCAGCUUUCACUUUACACUGGGUUGAUUCAACUUGGUGCAGGCUUAGCCGUGGGACUAUCGGGAUUAGCAGCGGGUUUUGCAAUCGGAAUUGUUGGUGAUGCAGGCGUAAGAGGAACUGCACAACAGCCGAGAUUAUAUGUUGGAAUGAUUUUAAUUCUUAUCUUUAGCGAGGUAUUAGGGUUAUAUGGAUUGAUUGUAGCAUUAUUGCUGAAUACGCGUGCUACGGAUACUACAUGUGGAUAAAGUAGUAGAAGAUGUAUGAUAUGUG